UCUGACAUGCUACGACGUGUUAGAAAGCGUUGGGAACUUCAUGGCAUCCGUCCUAGUUGGAUAGGAGAAGAAAUCUUUCGGGAACUUCUUAAAUAUUGGGAGAGUGAUGAGUUUGCGGCCAAAUCUGAAAAUGCAAAGAAGAUGAGAGCAUCUGAAAAGGGUGGUUGCCUUAAUGCUGUUGGAAGUAUAAGCACUGCUGAGCAUGUUCGUCGCAUGACUAAGGAAUUAAAUAGACCACCACUUAUGACCGAGCUGGUUGCGAGGACUCGGAAAAAGAAAACAGGAGCUUUUGUUGACAAUCGUACACAAAAAGCUAUGGUAAGUUAUUUAAGCUAUCGGAUGAUUAUCAGGCAUUGCUUGUACAGUUUCUGA